CGUCGCGAUUGCAGUGUGGAUCGAUAAUAGAACCAAAUUGGCAGUGGUGGUGGAUGUGAAAAUGUGAAAAUUAUGAAAAAAUCAUUUGAAAAUAACACAGAUAUUCUGUAAAAUGAUUUUGGCUAAGUGUAACAAAUUAACUACUUAUGUGUGUGGACAAAUUCUAUGUGAGACGAGCAUAUUAAUAGCAUAAAUCAAAUGCAAAGCCAGAGAAAAAACCAAAACAAUCAAAUAGCCAAACAACCUAAAAAAUAAAAAUAUAAUAACAAACCAAUCAACUACGUAACACCGACCAACCGUCCGCUUCUAUUUCGAAAAUUACUUAAAAAGUGUAAAAAAAACGUAGCAUACUUAUUAGCGCUGUCCGCUUCACUUCACCAUCGCGUUCAUAUAAACAACUAAUAAAACAAGGAUAUCAUUAAAAAAACCAAACGCUAUAUAGCCAGAGAGAGAAAGAGAGAGCGACUUUCGCGCUGUGUAUACAAAAAGCGGUGAGAAAAGCUUUUAAAAGCUUUCCUAAAAAACAGAAAAAAAUUAAAUGAAUAGAAAUAAGCACACUCGUAGGCGGAAGUGGAGUCAAGUGGGGGAAUUCGUGAACAAAUAGAGAGUGGAUAGAAGAGCGUAAAUACAAUUCAAUGAAACUUACACGCGAUUUAAAUACACGUAAGAAACAUUUAUAGUGAGUGCUACACACACACACGCAGCUUCACUUCAACGUCAGCAGCACAUGUGUUUUUACAAACAUACGUAGAGGUACUCAAGUUGUUAUGUAUGUAUGUACGUCUCCGAGAGAUUGUCAUCAAAUGCAAAGUGACUUCAAGGAUAAACGACAGCGAUACGCAAGAUUCCACAAACGAAGUGUAAAAAUUCAACAAACUUGAAAUUAUAACUGGUGAAAACGAAUGUAUGCAUGCAUGUACGCCAAACACACAUACAUAUGUACAUAUGUAUCUAGAAGCGUAAAAGUAUUAUAAUCGUAUCAAGGACGUCAGGAAUGCAAGCUCAAAGCAUAAAUAAUGCAUAAGCGCACAAUGCGCUUAAUAUAAGUAGAACAUAAACAACAACAACGUGAGCAUAGAGUGUAUCCCUAAACAAAAAAGCAUUGUGUGCUUUUUGGCGUAGAAGCAGAUAUUUCCGCGCUGUGCUCACAUACUUGCAGGCGCAAAUUUUCGUCGAACAUAUCAAAAAGGAAAACUUCUUUAAACACCUAAAGAUAUAAAACUGAAAAAAGCAAAAGCAACACUAGCGCCAAAAAAUAUGCAAAACUAGUGCUAAGCUACGACACUACCAGGCAGAAUGUCGCUCGGCGAGCAAAAUGAGCUGCUGAGCAAAUGCAAUGCAUAUGCAAUGCGUGCCGCUAGUUACCUCUCUAACGGCGCUGCAACAUGCAGUAGCAGCAGCAACAGCAGCAGCAACAGCAACAGCAACAGUAGCUGUAGUAGCAGCAAUUGCUGCAGUAAUCGGAACGAUCCCCAUAGCUGCUGCAGCAACAUUGGCCAACAGUCAACAACUAUCGAACAAAAACUGCCACUUCGGCAAAUGGUUCGCCAGCGCAAUGAUCGCAACAACAACAACACCAGCAACAGCAACAGCAACAAUAACAAUACACCAGUCAGCAAAAAAUUUAAAUUCAACACAAAUGGUGGUAUCAGCAAUCGGCUUGAAGGUUGUCGCACAACUAACCUUGCCUCUGUACCGCUAUAUUCCCCCCGUUGUGGACGACUGAAACCACGUCGAAAGUCCCCGCUGCAGAUGCUGCUGCAGCUCCUGACCAUAAAUGUACCCGCCUCGGUGUAUGCUUUCACCGGAUUAGUGCUGUUAUGUUCAGCGCUUUUGUCGCCAUGCAACGCCUUUCAACUGGAUGGCUCACAAAAUUCGUUCGCCCAAUUUCGCAAAUGGUAUACGGGACUCAAUGGUUCAUUAGAGCUGGAGUUUAAGACUGAACAGCCCAAUGGUUUGGUGCUUUACACCGAUGAUGGUGGCACUUAUGAUUUCUUUGAGCUCAAAUUGGUCGAAGGUGCAUUGCGUUUGCGUUAUAAUUUGGGUGGUGGUGCGCAUAUCAUAACUGUGGGACGAGAGUUGCAUGAUGGGCAUUGGCAUAAAGUGCAGGUUCUUCGCAAUGACGAACAAACAUCGCUUAUUGUGGAUGGCGUGUCGCAGAGCAGUACAACCAAGGGCAAGGAAUUUCAAUUUGGAAAAUUUGCCACCAAUUCUGAUGUCUACGUGGGCGGCAUGCCAAAUUGGUACAGCACAAAGUUGGCAUUAUUAGCUUUGCCAAGCGUCAUCUUUGAGCCGAGGUUCCGGGGUGCCAUACGCAAUUUGGUAUACGCCGACCAGCCAGGUGGGGCGACACGCCGUCAAGAAAUGAAACAACCACGUGAUAUAAAGUGUGGUGACGGUCCGUGUGACAAUGGUGAAAUGCCAAAGGAGAAAGUGAUCAGGGGUGUACGCGGCGGCAAUACCACAGAUGCUUGCGAACGAAGCGAUCCUUGCCAACACGGUGGUAUUUGUAUCUCAACAGAUUCAGGACCAAUAUGUGAGUGCCGAAAUCUCGAAUAUGAUGGACAAUAUUGUGAAAAAGAGAAAGCACCAUCAGAAGCAACAUUUCGCGGUCAACAGUUCCUGUCUUAUGAUCUUGGCCAAACUAGUGCUGAGCCAAUUGUGAGCGCUCAGGAUGCUAUUACGCUAUACUUUCGUACUCGCCAACCCAAUGGCUUACUAUUCUACACAGGGCACGGUACUGAUUACUUGAAUUUGGCGCUACGUGAUGGCGGCGUUUCACUAACCAUGGGUUUGGCUAACGGCAAGCAAGAAAUGCAUAUUAAGCCAUCUAAAGUACGCUUCGAUGAUCAUCAGUGGCACAAAGUGACAGUGCAUCGACGAAUUCAGGAGAUAUCAUCGAUAACAAGCUUCUGCAGAUUGGUGACCGUAGUCGACGAUGUUUACACCGAUCACUCGCACAUAGCCGGCAAAUUUACUAUGCUUUCCUCAUCUCGCGUUUACGUUGGUGGCGCAGUCAAUCCGCGCGCCUUGCUCGGUGCUCGGGUGCACAAUAAUUUUGUCGGCUGUCUGCGUAAGGUUGAAUUCUCUGCUGAUACACUGCUAUUGAAUCUCAUCGAUUUGGCUAAGAGCGGCUCGAAAUUAAUCCAAGUUGCUGGAAAUGUCGAUUAUCAAUGUCCAAUUGGCGAUCCGCAGGAUCCAGUUACAUUUACGACGCGCGAGUCGCAUUUGGUCUUACCGCCAUGGGAGACUGGCAAGCAAAGUUCCAUCUCAUAUAAAUUUCGGACAAAGGAGCCUAAUGGAUUGAUAAUAAUGGCUACGGGAUCUAAACAGCCGCGCUCAAAAAAUGCCGUACUAUUUGCCAUUGAGUUAUUGAAUGGACACAUUUACAUACACUUAGAUCUGGGUUCGGGAGCGGCGAAAGUGCGUGCGUCCCGGCGACGCGUAGACGAUGGCGAUUGGCAUGACUUGAUUUUGCGGCGAAACGGACGCGAUGCAAAGGUAAGCGUGGACGGAGUUUGGAAUGAAUUCCGCACACCGGGCGAUGGUACGAUAUUGGAAUUAGACGGCCAUAUGUAUGUGGGUGGUACGGGUCCAGCGUAUAAUAAUAUCGCAUGGCCACCGGCUAUAUGGACGGCAACAUUGCGACAAGGAUUUGUCGGUUGUUUGCGUGACUUGGUGUUAAGCGGCAAGGCGAUCGAUAUUGCAGCAUUCGCACGAUUACAGGAUUCAGCGUCGGUGAAGCCAUCAUGUCACGUACAGGCCAACGUAUGUACUGGCAAUCCCUGCCUCAAUGGAGGCACCUGCAUAGAGGGCUGGAAUAGACCAAUUUGUGACUGCACUGCUACACUGUACGCUGGACCGACAUGUGGACGCGAGUUGGCUACGCUUGCAUUCAACGGCAGUCAGCACAUGACCGUUUGGCUGGGUAACGGACAAGGCACCAAAACUCAAACUGAAGAGCUUAUUAUACGUUUCAAGACAUCGCGCCCCACCGGUCUAAUACUUUUGACAAGCGCCGAAUCAAAUUCACCAGAUCGGCUGGAGAUUGCAUUGGUGGCCGGCCGUGUGCGUGCCAGUGUGCGUUUGAGUGAUCGUGAAAAGAAUUUGCUUGCUGGUCAGUCGGUUUUGAAUGACAACAACUGGCACACAAUACGGUUCUCGCGACGUGCCUCCAAUCUACGGCUGCAAGUUGACGGGGUUCCCCC